ACCGCGACUUCGUUUCAAAAACAAAGAUCAGCUGACGUGAACGUUACUGUCUUUUUCCAUUUACCUGUUUUUUUCGUAAGAAAUGACGAAGGAUAAAGAAAGGGAAGUUUUCGAGAUGAACACAGAGGAGAAGAGGUUAAAUUCUUUCAAGAAAUGGCCUUAUGGCAGUGAUACGAGUAUAAAUAAGGAAAAGAUGGCUGCUGCAGGAUUUUAUUACAUUGGUAGUAAAAAGGAGCCUGACCUCGUCCGUUGCUUUGUGUGCUUGAAAGAGCUGGAUGGAUGGGAGGUAGAUGAUGACCCCUGGGAGGAGCACAAAAACCAUGCAUCAUAUUGCCAGUUCAUCCAACUUAACAAGGCAGAGAGUGAGAUUACUUUUGAAGAGAUGCAUGACUUGGAAAUGCAGCGACAGAUUAAUAUGGCUAGUGUUGCUGAGCCACCAGCUGAUGAUGAAAUACCUUCAUGCAGCAAUGCUCCUGUAGUGAAACUGGAGCAGGGGAAACACUACAAAGGCAGAUCACAUUUUAAACCUGGUCGCUCGUAACUUAGAAGAGAGAUCUGAGAGACAUGAUACUCCUAAUGAGACAUUUGGGAAGUACGUAGGCCAAGCACUCGACUCCCUGGACAAGAAAACAGCAGGCUGUGCUAGGAAACUGAUAAAUGAUGUGCUUUUUGAAGCAGAGAAUGGGAAUUUGUCUGCCUAUUCUAAAAUUGUAACAAACACAUACCAUUCACAUGAAUCAUUUGCAACACCAGUACCACAGUCGUCAAGUUCCUUUCAUGUAAGCGAUAAUUCUGAUAGUGAUUCCAAUAUGUCACACUAUUUUGCCAAUUUUCAGCCCUUGUAACAAUUUCAUAUGUGUCUGGCAAUCAAAGAGUGAGAUAUAAAGGGUUAUAAUUUUGGAUUGAUUUGGGUUUUGUCCUUUCGCUUGACACUGUGGUUAGAAAGCAUAGCACAUUUCAACAGAAGGUUUCAGUAUUUUUCACAUACUAUUACUAUGUACUGAUUUUCCUCAAUAAAUGCACAUUACA